AUGAAGGCGAACUUCCGAUUUGCCAACCUUUGCGGGACUGUAUACAGACAGGGAAACAUUCUUUUCACGCCAGAUGGUAACUCAGUUCUGAGUCCUGUUGGGAAUCGGGUGUCGGUAUUUGACCUUGUAAACAAUAAGUCUCGUACAUUCCCGUUCGAGAACCGGAAAAAUAUUGCAGCUGUCGCGCUUAGUCCGGAUUCGAAUGUGCUAGUCAGUGUAGACGAAGAUGGUCGUGCUUUGCUAGUGAAUUAUCGACGAGGGGUAGUGUUGCAUCACUUUAAUUUCCACAAGCCCGUGCGGGCUAUUAAAUUCUCUCCGGACGGCAGGUAUAUCGCAGUCACGCACGACUCUCACAUACAAGUCUGGCGGACACCAAACCAUCUCAUCCGGGAGUUUGCUCCGUUUGACCUCCACCGGACAUACACCGGCCACCACGAUCAGGUUCUGAGUAUCGAAUGGUCACCAGAUUCGAAAUGUUUCAUCACAACUUCUCGUGACAUGACUGCUCGACUCUUCACCGUCGACCCCGUUGAGGGAUUCCGCCCCAAGACAUUUGCUGGUCACAGAGAUAUUGUUAUCAACGCGUACUUCUCAGCGGAUGCCAAGACUAUCUAUACAGUCAGCCGUGACGGCGCCGUGUUCACUUGGAAAGCUAAACUGUCUAAAGAUGAUUCUGAUUCUGAUGAAUCCGUUCCAAUGGCUUCCACACAGACAGUAGCCGACUCCAUUGCUCAUACUCGUUGGGGUGUUCACAAACGAAAUUACUUCAAUCAACCCGGAACAAGGGUCGUAUGCAGCACGUUCCACCGCGUCUCUAACCUCCUGGUUGUCGGCUUUUCCUCAGGUGUAUUUGGCCUUUGGGAACUCCCCGGAUUCUCGAACUUGCAUACGCUGAGUAUAUCACAAGAGAAGAUUUCAUCUGUUGCUGUGAACUCCUCAGGAGAAUGGCUUGCUUUCGGUGCAGCAAGACUUGGACAACUUCUCGUGUGGGAGUGGCAGAGCCAAUCGUAUGUCCUCAAGCAGCAAGGGCAUUUUUCAAUGAUGAACACCCUCGCGUAUGCGCCCGACGGUGUUAAUCUCGCCACAGGGGGUGAGGACGGCAAGGUCAAGCUCUGGAAUACCUCAUCCGGAUUUUGCUUCGUAACAUUCAGCGAGCAUUCUGCUCCUGUGAGCGCAGUCGAGUUCGCGAAGGCAGGUCAGGUGCUUUUUUCUGCAUCCCUCGAUGGUACGGUGCGUGCAGCGGAUCUGGUGCGAUAUCGUGUCUUCCGCACCUUCACGUCACCCACCCCCGCGCAAUUCGCAUCCUUGGCAGUCGAUCCUAGUGGAGAGGCUGUUGCGGCGGGCUCGCAGGACAACUUCGAGAUAUGCCUUUGGAGCGUGCAGACUGGGAAGCUCCUGGACGUCCUCGCCGGACACACAGCACCCGUGUGUGCGCUCGCCUUCUCACCUACCGGUAACCUGCUGGCUAGCGGGUCAUGGGAUCGGACGGUGCGUCUCUGGGCGGUGUUUGGACGUAGCCGUGCCGUGGAGCCAUUCCAAGUGUCGUCAGACGUCCUGGCCAUUGCGUUCAGACCGGACGGUAAUGAAGUAGCUGUGGCAACAUUGGAUGGGCAGCUGGUCUUUUUUGACGUCGUUGAGGGGAAACAAACGGGUAUGAUUGACGGUCGAAGGGACGCUGCGCCUGGGCGGAAGGCGGGCGACGUGAGAGUAGCCCCGAACGGCGGGGCGCAAACUAGCCUGUGCUAUACUGCUGACGGGCGGUGUAUUCUUGCGGGCGGCCGAAGUCCGUAUGUCGCGCUGUAUGAUGUCCGUGCGGGUGUGCUGCUCAAGCGAUUCCGGACGUCGGAGAACCUGAGUGUGGACGGGACACAGGAGAUGCUGGAUAGUCGUCGGGUUACUGAGGCUGGGAAUAUCGACCUGAUUGAUGAGAGGGGAGACGACAGCGAUGUGGAAGUACGAAGGGGGAGAGACGAAGAACUGCCUGGAGCGAAGCGGUCCGACCUGGCGAGAAGGAGAGUACGAGAGGAAGUAAGGACUUCGUGCGUACGCUUUGCGCCGACAGGGCACGCAUGGGCAGCUGCGACAACAGAGGGUCUCCUGAUCUAUUCCUUAGACGAGGAUGUCGCCUUCGACCCAGUGGAUUUGGCACUUGACGUCACGCCACAAUCCGUGCUAUCGCUCUUGUCUUCCCGCUCCUUCCUUCCCGCCCUAAUCACUGCUUUCCGAUUGAACGAGCGCGCUCUAAUCCAUAGAGUGUUCUCGGCAGUCCCGAGAGAUGACAUUCGUUUGUUAGUUAGGGGUCUGCCAAAGAAGUAUGUCACCGCGCUUGUAAGGUGCAUAGCGGAAGCUUUGGAAGGCAGCCCACGAGUGGAGUUUGUUAUGGCAUGGGUCACUGCAGUGCUCGGUACGCAUGGGAGGUAUUUGAAAGAACACUCUGGAGAGAACGGCAGUGUUCUUCGCGCGUUGCAGAAAGCGUUGAGCGAGUUCGAAGCUCUAGUGGUCAACCUAUGCGAAGAGAACAACGCGACUCUUGCGUUUCUUGUGGACCAGAUGAAAAUGAAGCAGGUCGAGGAAUCUAUAGACGUGCAAAAUGCUGCGAUGCUUGAGGCGUAG